CUCCUAUUUCCUCAGAGAAAAAGCGCAGAGGAUCGUAAGAGACCUCCACGGGGCCCAGGUCUGAUAUGAUCGAUGGCUGAACCGCGCACGAAGGGGAUUUAAGCAGUGCCGUACGUUGUCAGCGUCGCUGCUCAAGUCACCACUUACCUAUUAUUAAUGAACCACGGGCGAUUGAGACGCACUGAAUGUCUGCGACAGAGGAGGCGAUCAGGACAAGUGGAAUAACGCAGCGCGCUUGUGUUUCUACACGCGAGGAAAGUGCGGGGAUAAUUACGUGCGCUUAAAAAAAGGAGAUUGCAUUGUCUUUCCCUGUUACUUGUCAGCUCGGAUAUUUUACUGACUGAUUUUCACAGAUAAGACCUCUAGCAGUUCCCGUCUUUCAUCACUGGCUCCCAGGAGAACGCCGGAAGUCACAACAGAUUCGCAGACGACAUCUCCAUGUCACGCGAGCUCACCGCUGAGUCGCCACUCUUCCAACGUGCACAGGCUAUCAGGGGCCUGUCCCCGCGUCUUGAGACCAGAUUGCGCCUAAAUACAACAGCAUUUAGGAGUCUGCGGGUCAGCCCACUCCAGUGAUUAUCGCAGGAACAGCGUCUUACAAACUUCCGGCCGUCCGGACAAGAAAUCGAUUGUGAUAUCGUUGCCAGAUUGGCAGGAUGUUGCGCCUAUGGACAGUUGGCGCGCUGUGAAAAGUAUUGUUGCCAGGAUUUCGACGCGAGUUGAUAUGUUAACUAUUGGAGACACCACCAUGCCCUCUUGGAAGAUUAUACGUGCUAUGACCGUUUCCUUCUAAACAUUGAAAUCAGAAUUGUAAAAAUAUUGAUGUUAGCAAACGUGAUGUGCAAUUGUGUUGAAAUGAUAACACUGACUGAAUUAGUUAUUAUAAUCAAGUAAGUUAAAAACAAUCGUAAAGAAAUCCUAAAUUAUUUUAUAAGAUUCUUUUGUGAAAACAUAUCCAGCAGCCGCCAUGCUAAUUCAAGGUUUUAUGUGGAACAACAUGAGUUCGUACUCCGCCAUUGUUUGUACUCUGAUGCUAUUGACGUUGCUCUGUGAUCUGGUGCUAGGCUUUAAGUGUCCACCUUGCAACAAAAUCCACUGCUCGCCCAGACGUGCUUCUAAGCUGCAAUGCAAAGGAGGAAUAACCACAGGUGUGUGUGGGUGUUGUCCAGCAUGCGCCAAAGUGGAGGGCGAGUCUUGUGGGGGCGACUACGCCUACAGGGGCAAGUGUGACAGGGGCCUGUACUGUGUGCCCAGCUCCACCACGGCCUACAUCUCACGCGUUCACACGCUACAGAAGGAGCCUGUCGGCGUCUGCAAGAAAAUGUCCAAGAAACAGGCGCGACAGCAUCAGUCGGACGCAGCUUUUGUGGAGUUUUGUCGGCCGAAGUGUACAGCAAGCUUUUGUAGAAAGCAUCCACGGGCGAUUUGUUCAGCAAGCGAUUCUGUGGAUACUGUUGUCUCUUGUCACGGGAAAUGUCAACAUACGUCAUGUCGCGCAUGUGCAUUUGUCCAAGAGCCCUCGUGUCGCCCCUGCAGACAGAACGACUUCCGCUGUCUGAAAAAGUUCGGCAAGUGCAUGCAGAAACACACGUGCUCCUUGAGGAAGAAAUCAUGCAAAUGGUCACGGAAGCAGAAAAGUGAAGACAAGGGAAAAUUUGUCUGCAAAGUCCCAGACUGUCCGUGAGCGGGCAGCCGCGAGAAGAUCGAGCAACAAACUGUGAUAUUCGGCAAGUUGGAGCGAGUGCUGGUCCGUAGGUAUAUUGAAGGCUGGCUGACCAAAGGAACAAAGUGUACUGUCCACUCUUGCUUGUCAUGGUGUGGCGGUCGGAGUUUUUUAAUACGGGAGUUGUUCUGUUGUACUAUUAGGCUGUUUUCGUUAUUGAAAAAAAACGGAAUGGCUGUUAUUUGUUGCUUUUAUUUCAAAGGAUAUAUUAUUCUUACAGAUGAGAAGUGCAAGCUGUCAUUCUCUUUUGUCUUAUUGGUUCUUUUCGUUGUCGAUACAAGAACCUACACGUGUCUUUUAAAAAGGUGCGUGUAUUUUGACGGGUGUUGUAUGGCUGUGCCACUGUGUACAGAUAAUGCUUUUUUCAAUUUGUGUUCGUGUUAUAUAAAAUGAUGUGUUCAUGUACUGAGGGAAAUAAACGUAUAGUGUAAAGCAAUGGUUCUAGUUAGAUAACUUUAGAUUUCAGAAGCUUAAUAAGCUGGACACAGUGCACUUAGAAGAUAUUAUGAUCGUUCUGACUACAUUUUUUUUCAUCUCAACGAGGGGAACUUUUUUGUCAUGUAUUUCGACUGAAUGCCUAAAGAACUUUCUUUGCUUACUCUAAAUCUGUAUGAGGUUCGGGAUCUCUCUUCAUAUAGACUAUUAUCCGACAAGAGAAGUGACUCAAUUCAGGAAAAUUAAAACAUUUUUCUAGCGUUCUGACCCCCCCCCCCUUCUCCCAGCACAUUGGUCCGUGCUUGCAUCACAGUUUGUUGUCACUCAAAGUAGCGUUCCACCAUGUAAUAAACAACACCUUUGGACCAUGCAGGUGAAAUUCAAGGAGAUUUGAAAAGCUAACAGGCCGUUGUUCGCAAAGUCACCUUCAUGGCCAGCGUUUUUACCGCAGACAGAACACACAAACAAUCCCAACAUGGAUGCAGAGCAAAUCUAGAUACUCGUUCGGCAUGUCUCAAAGCAAUAUUCCCUUGGUGGCUUCAGUAGAUGUGCCAACCUUUUUGUAGGUCUACGUGAUUUAUAAAUUCAUACACAUUUCAGGUUGACGUUUUUCUUGCUCAGACUCGUUUCUUUUCUUCCAACUGUGAGAUUACUCAUGGCCUCCUAGUUGAAGGCAAUGACUUAUUGUACUCAAUGAAUAAUUCGCACGAGCAACGUUAGUAUAUUGUGUGGCAUAAAUUUACUUUUUUAACGGCAAA